UCGGUAAAAAGCAAACUUACCAGUGACAAGAUCGACGGUGAUUGUGUCGUUAAAACCGUACAUAUGUGUGCAGCAAGCGAAACCCGACGGCAGAGACUCCUCUAUACGAAUAUAUACAGUCUCCGAGACGCUGGCCGUCGAAGCGAGCAAGCCACGGGCACCCUCGGCCAAUCAAAUAUUCAGGAGGAAGCAUACCGUCCCCUAAACCGACCAGCAGAGGACCUACUGGAACGAGCAACCUUCACGCCAUCCCGGAAAAGCACCCCGGGAAAACACUCAGCUUCACGCGACUAUGCAUCCCAAAUCGGGCCUGGCAUACCAACGCCACGAAAUCUCCUAUGGGCCGAUCCACACUAUUCUUUUGAUCAUCGACACGAACACUGUGCAAUACAGGCUUCAAAAUAUCCCUCACAAGUCAGCUGCAUUGAGGAGGAUCAAAUUUGUGGUCUUGGGAGCUCAGACUGGGACUUACCUCUCCUUCACGGCAACAACAAACCUUCCAUGGCUCCGAUGGCAAGUCCAGUGUCCGAAUAUGACUGCACGAGUGUUUAUGAGACAGUUGAGACCAACACCAUACCGGUUGUGGAUGGUGGAAUGGCACUUUUUCCCUUGCUAGCUGAGAACUUGCCCCCGAUGGUAUAUUUUAAAGCUGGUCAUCAGCUUGGUCCUGGCGCCAUAGAUUCCCAGGCGUCAAAUCAACGCAUACGAAGGUUUGUUUGUGCAGAGUGCGUUAUUGCACAGAAAACCGGCAGUGAGUGCCAUGCAGCCGAUGCAACAGACUUUCUCAGAAGGCAAGCAAAAUGACCCCUAGCACUGGCAUAAAAGACCACCUUCCCAUGCCCCUGGUUAUGUUUUUUGACAUCAAGGCCACCCACGAGCUUCUGGUUUCACUUCGUGUGGAGAUCGACAAAGUGACCUUCCAAGACGGGUUCAUGAGUCUCGAGAGCUGGUUCUCAACAAACGACCACAUUCUUUGCCACAUUGACGGCGGAGGUGAAGACAAGGUUUAUUCACCAUAUUCGAUGACUAGCCACACAAUUCGCAUGAACCAUCUAUCCACAACGUCCCGCGCCAGAUUACGCUGAUGCCUCUGACUCAUAUGUUGAGCCCUCACUUUCUGCGACCUUGUUGGAUGUCUUCGCAAAUGGAAUGGCUCCCGGACGGGAGAUGCAAGCCUUAUCGGAACUUGACAGGGUCAUAGUUGCCUCGUCGCGGUGUGCCUUUUAUCUCGGGCUUCUCUUCAACUGGAACACUCACCUGAUUCACUAUGAACGAUUGUCUUGAAUGAAGAGCAUCGGGCCUAUCAUGGGCAAGAACCUCAUCCUCGAACUGAUGUAUGCACUGGCACAUCAUGUUGAAGAUCUUGCGUUCAGGUUGUUCUACCUCAUCAACAAGACGCUUAGUCCUGAGGACACAUAUCCGCGAGAAGCUUAUGAUCCCGCUAUUGUUUUGUGCGCCUUGCGUAUCGUGUAUACAUCUGUCGAGAAAUUCAGGAAAACAACCAAAGACUGGAAUCAUGGAAGCCUGAAAGGGCUGAAGAGCUUCAUCGACACGCUUGGUUCACGUGCGCCCGCUGCAACUAGAGUCAUCCAGCGGUACAGACACCAGAAGCUUAGCAUCCUCUGUCAGGAAUCUGCCUCCACGGCAGUCUUGGUUCAGCUCAUCAAGGAGUGUGCCGUCAAGAAGUCAAUUGCUAGGUUCGCCUUUGAAAGGUUUCAGCCGGAUGGAUUGUGGCCUCUUGGAGGCCGGGAUACGUGGACCAUUUAUCAUACAUACACCCAAAUGCUCGAGCUUUCUGUCAGUUGUAAGGAUGCAGAGGACCCUAACUACUGGGCCCGUUAUGGUACAGUGGUGGAUUUGGAGCUGGAUCUGGAGCUCGACAGAUUUCGUUCAGAUGAGAAUAACAGCAGAUUUGCAUCACAUUUGGACCUUGACCUCCAGGACUUUGAUACAGCCCUUGGCGAAAUGGUCGACGCGGAUAGUCGAGGUCGAAAGAGAAAAUUAUCCGCACUUGACGCUGCCAAGGACACAGCCACAGCAGUCGAUGAAGGGCCACCACCAAAGCGCUGGUUUGAGGGAGUGGAAAGAGUGGCUCGCAAAGUGGUGGGAUAA